AUGUCAGGUGAGGUGAAUGAGUCGAUUGCCUUCCUCUUAGGCCUCAAUGAGUUUCAGGACGCGAAUGCUGGUUCAGCGCCCGAGGCUAACAUGGGCACGAACUCCCUCUUGCACGGCUUGAAUACGCUACCCUCCGCCCCUGCUGAAUCCAACGAGGAGGCGGCAAACCAUUUUGCGAACCAAUUAUCGCUGUGGACUACAGCGAGCUUCUCGUUCGACGGGCCUAUGGGCCAUGCCCUUAUUGCUGACGACGAAAAAGAUGAAAAGAAGGACAAGGUCGAUGACCGCGUCGACGAUGAAGAACGACAUCGUGCCAUGGCAGCCUCGUCAGCGCACUCGAACGCAGCGCGCGAUAAAAUGCGUGCACUGGAUCGAGACCCAGUAGAGGCGCAGGGCGGCAUGCCACAAGCACAGAACCUGCCGGGCCCCACCAUGCCGCCGUUGCCCACACCGAUCUCGCUAUCACCCGCCUCGUUCCAGCAUUUGCCGGGCUCGACAGCGCCUGUGGUUGGCGCUACGAGCCACGCCGUACCUCAUGCACCUACCGCGGCUACAUCAGGCAAUGCGACAGAGCCUCACAUACCAUGGACUUCCUCCUUUGCACCUCCAAGUGUAGGCACUUCCACUGCGACGCCAGCCUCGACUUCAGCGCGGGGCGCUGAGAAUGGCGGCGCGUGGGACCUGACAUCCACAUUGGCGCUACAGUAUCUCCUAUCUAAAAACCCAUCGAUGCUCUCCAAUUUGUGGCCCAACGGUGUGCCACCGUCAGCCGUGGCAUCGUCGUCGUCGUCGUCAUCUUCCAAUACACCUGCGCCAGCUAUGAAUCCCUCAGUAUGGCCACCCACAGCACCGACAUUCACGCCUCCAUCGCAAGGCGGAACGGAUGGACUGCCCUUGCCUACACUCCCACCUCGUACAGACAGCAAUGCCUCGUCCCUACCAUCGCUGCAGCGCAAACGCAGCUUCCCGGCCUCCACGGCCUCGGCCUCUACGCAAGCGAGCCGAGGUAGUGGAGACGGCUCCAACAGCCCUACGGGCUUGGCCAGCACUAGCACGUCAGCAUCUUCGUCGCAGGCAGCGCCGGCGCGUGGUCGAGCGGCUGGCUCCACGCUGGCGGACCGAGUCAAAUUGGUCGAUACAGGCAACCCAGAAGCCGAUGCGGAAGCCAAUCGGCUAGCGAUCGAGGAAGACAAACGACGACGUAAUACAGCGGCGAGUGCCCGAUUCCGCAUUAAGAAAAAGCAGAGAGAGGCGGCGUUGGAAAUGUCCGCACGCGAACUGGAAGCGCAAGUCCAUGAACUCAAGCAAGAAAAUGAGCGUUUGCGGACAGAAAACGACUGGCUUCGUCGGCUAAUUACCUCGCGGCCCGAUGGCUUGUCCACCUUGUUCGGAGCAAGUAUGCCGACGGUCUUUGGUGGGCUGCCAGGUAUGCCGAUGCCGCCUCCAGUGGCAGCGCCAUCGUCCAACACACAAGCGCCGCCGCCUCCCACAACGCAGCCGGAGGAAUCUGCCCCUGCUUCCUUUCCUGAUACGACGGCGCCAGACUCUAAAAAAUCGUUGUAA